AGCGGUAUCAACAUGGCAGCGAUGAUUCGGCGAAGCUGCGGGGUUCUGAGAAGUAUUUCUCGUUUUGACUGGAGAUCACAACAUACAAAAGCUGCUCCACAACAUGAACCAGGAUUAGGAUUUAGUUUUGAACUCACUGAGCAGCAGAAAGAAUUUCAAGCUACUGCUCGGAAGUUUGCCAGAGAAGAAAUAAUCCCUGUUGCUCCAGAAUAUGAUAAAACAGGCGAGUACCCUGUCCCUCUAAUUAAAAGAGCCUGGGAACUUGGUUUGAUGAAUACCCACAUUCCAGAGAGUUGUGGAGGCCUUGGACUCGGAACUUUUGAUGCUUGUUUAAUUACUGAAGAGUUAGCCUAUGGAUGUACAGGGGUCCAGACUGCUAUUGAAGCAAAUUCUUUGGGGCAAAUGCCUGUUAUUAUUGCUGGAAAUGAUGAACAAAAAAGGAAGUAUUUGGGGAGAAUGACUGAGGAACCACUAAUGUGUGCUUACUGUGUAACAGAACCUGGAGCUGGCUCUGAUGUAGCUGGUAUAAAGACCAAAGCAGAAAAGAAGGGAAAUGAAUAUAUUAUUAAUGGUCAGAAGAUGUGGAUAACUAAUGGAGGAAAAGCUAAUUGGUAUUUUUUGUUGGCUCGUACAAAUCCGGAUCCUAAGGCUCCUGCUAGUAAAGCCUUUACUGGAUUUAUUAUAGAAGCUGAUACUCCUGGAAUCCACAUUGGAAGAAAGGAAUUAAAUAUGGGCCAGAGAUGUUCAGAUACAAGAGGAAUUGUAUUUGAAGACGUUAAAGUGCCUAAAGAAAAUGUUUUGAUUGGUGAGGGAGCUGGCUUCAAAAUUGCAAUGGGAGCUUUUGAUAAAACUAGGCCUCCAGUAGCAGCUGGUGCUGUUGGGCUAGCACAAAGAGCUUUGGAUGAAGCUACGAAGUAUGCCCUGGAGAGGAAAACUUUUGGAAAACAGCUUGUUGAGCACCAAGCAGUAUCGUUUCUGCUGGCAGAAAUGGCAAUGAAAGUUGAGCUGGCCCGAUUGAGUUACCAGAGAGCAGCAUGGGAAGUUGAUUGUGGCCGUCGAAAUACCUAUUAUGCCUCUAUUGCAAAGGCAUUUGCUGGAGAUAUUGCAAAUCAGUUGGCUACAGAUGCUGUACAGAUUUUUGGAGGCAAUGGAUUUAAUACUGAGUAUCCUGUGGAAAAACUAAUGAGGGAUGCCAAGAUCUAUCAGAUUUAUGAAGGUACUGCACAAAUUCAAAGGCUUAUUAUAGCCCGUGAACACAUUGGCAAAUACAGCAAAUAA